AUGAUGUCCCUUUGGAACAACCAAUGCUAUUAUCCAAAUGAGAACCUGAACAAAGGUAGGCCUAUAAUACAGCUGAACUCGACAUAGAACUACUUUACUUUAUUAGUUCCACAUGGCAGUCAUACAACUGAAAUAUAUGUACAUUUACAUACACAUAAAAACAUUGGGGUUUGAGAGACAUAAAGGCCACCUCUAUCCUAUAUAGGCCUACACACACAAAACAUUGCAUAACGCAUAUACAGUAUUAAGCCUAGACUACACACCACAACACAAUAUAGCUAUGAGCUGCCUCACUGUCAGUCAUCAUGCCACUAAUUAUUAAUAUUCUGUCCUUUAUUUUAGACAAUAAAACCAUACUCUAUUAUGGUUUGCACAAUCAAGGGGCAACCUGUUAUUUGAACAGUGUGCUGCAGGUCCUUUUUAUGACUAAGGGCUUCAGAGAGGCUGUGGAAAGGUUUGGAUACUCCUACUCUUAUGUCAUAUUUUCUGUUGGAAAAAAAAAUCACAAAUAAAGAAAGCUAGGAUAUUUAUGGGAAAUUGUCAAAAGCUUUUCAAAAUGGAUAACAAGCUAUACACUGUGGGAGAAAGGCUACUUGGUCACUGUAUCUCUCCCUAGUGGCUGUAAGAGUGUAUUUAUUGGCUAUUGCCAGUAAUAAUAUGAAUCUUAACUGCCAGGAAGUUAUUAAGAGAUGUUGCCAAUAAAUAUAACUAAUUAUAGUUCUUAAAUGUCUCCUUACAGCCAAGAGCAGGAUAAUGUUGAACAGGAGACUUUAGAUCUUCAUCUGAAAUGUUUGUUUGAGACUUUAAAGAAAAAACAAGCUCACACUAAAGAUGUCACAUCGAAACUGGGCAUUGAAAAGGGUAAGUCAAGCAAAAGUAUCAGAGCUGAGAAGUAAUCUGCAUUUUAUGUAUCAGCAUAGGUGUACAGGUACUUUAAUAGCACAGUAUUUGAUGAUACAAUUGAAAAUAGUAUUCUUUGAUGUAUUUGUAUUUGUAUUUAUUAUGGAUCCCCAUUAGCUGCUGCCAAGGCAAAAUUAAGGCAGUUAUACAAUUUUAAAACAUUAUAAUACAUUCACAGAUUUCACAACACACUGUGUGCCCUCAGGCCCCUACUCCACUACCACAUAUCUACAACACAAAAUCCAUGUGUACGUGUGUGUAUAGAGCAUAUGUUAUCGUGUGUGCAUGUGUCUGUGCCUAUGUUUGUGUUGCUUCACAGUCCCCGCUCUUCCAUAAGGUGUUUUUUUAUCUGUUUUUUUAAUCUAAUUUUACUAAUUGCAUCAGUUACUUGAUGUGGAAUAGAGUUCCAUGUAGUCAUGGCUCUAUGUAGUACUGUGCGCCUCCCAUAGUCUGUUCUGGACUUGGGGACUGUGAAGAGACCUCUGGGGGCAUGUCUUGUGGGGUAUGCAUGGGUGUCCGAGCUGUGCGCCAGUAGUUCAAACAGACAGCUCGGUGCAUUCAACAUGUCAAUACCUCUCAUAAAUACAAGUAGUGAUGAAGUCAAUCUCUCCUCCACUUUGAGCCAGGAGAGAUUGACAUGCAUAUUAUUAAUAUUUGCUCUCUGUGUACAUCCAAGGGCCAGCCGUGCUGCCCUGUUCUGAGCCAAUUGCAAUUUUCCUAAGUCCUUUUUUUGUGGCACCUGACCACACGACUGAACAGAAUGACGUAUUGCCUGAAUGAGUGUAGGUCUACCAUUCAUUAAAUCAUUGGGUGUACCAUUGAUUGUUUUUAUUGCCUCCAAUGCAGUGUUCGAGCAAGGUGAUGCUGCUGAAUAUUUUGAGAAGAUUUUAAGCAAGGUCAAUCCGUAUGUGUCUAAGGUACUGCAUUGCUCAACAUUGAAUUGCCCAUUUAAUGUAUAGAAGUUAUGAAAUGACAAGACUGACAAAAGUUUGUUUUUAGAUAUUUCAAGGACAUUUGAGGCACACCGCCACCUGUUCUGUAUCUGACCAUCAUGUGAACAGUGAUGAAGUUGGUCCGUUUUGGACUGUGCCACUCUCAAUGGAAGAUAACAACUACUACAGUGUGGUAGGGAAACGCCUACUUCACCUAUUAUUGCAUCUCUAACAUGUUCUACAUACAGGGCUAUCAAAUACUUCAAAUGCCAUGUAGUAUGCAAUGUGUCUUAUGGAAUUUAAUUGUAGUUUGUAUGUGUAUAUUUUGUAUUGUUAUUUUUCUUAAAUUAAAAGUAUCUUACAAAAUGUUUUUACUGUACGUUGGAAUUUGAGGAAAAAAGCAAAUUAAUUACAUUUAAACUUAUAUUGUAUGAUAAUAAUGCCAACAUUUUAUAUUAUGUGACAAAUUGGUUGAGGCAAAUAACACUGUACCGUUGGGCUGCUGACAUUAGAGGUGCAUGAUACAAUUUUGUUUGUUUUUUCAGAGGGAUGGUUUUGAGGAUUUUUUCAAGUCUUCAACUGUCAGUGGUGACAAUCAGAUGUACUGUGACUACUGCGAUGGGAAAACAGAUGCAAUCCUUGUGAGUAAUGGUAUUCAAUCCAUACUCAAUCAAUAUCCUAAAUCGAUAAUUGUAUCAAAAGCUUCUUAAAAAGGUAACACUGUGAAAAAUACUAUGUUACUGGGUCUUCUUCUAGAGGUGUGAUAAUAGUGUGUUUUGUGUCUCCAGGCAUGUCAGAUGGUACAUCCCCCAGAGAUUCUAACUCUGCUCCUCAAGAGGUUUGAGUUUGACUACCACAGGAUGUCAUAUGUCAAAAUUGAGAGCUAUGUGGAGGUGCCUCGCACAUUACAGAUAAAGGUAACUAUAAACAUUUCUUCAUUGAACAUGUUAUUCUGUUAUACAUUUUUUUUUCAUUAGGUUGUAUAACUUACGUUAAUUGCCUUUUAAAAAGAGAGAGAAUAGUAGCAUUGUUAUAUGAGUUUUCAGUGUGUUCCUUUAUAGCCCUCCUCCUCUCUGUACCUUUCCCUACUUUUGACCCUUUCUGAAAAAUAUCAGUGGUUUUCCUGUUCAUGGCGGCCCUUUUGAUUUAUCCAAUGUCUCUGAACAGAACUGUGACUAUGAACUCUAUGCGGUUGUGGACCAUGUGGGAAGUCUAAGAGGUGGACAUUACACUGCUAAAAUCAAGCCCUAUGAUGAUCACAACUGGUAUGUGUUCGAUGACAGCUACGUCAGACAGGUAAGGGAUACUUUUUUAAAUCUAGUAUAUACCACCCUGCUAGUUCCUUGACAUGCAUUCCAUCCCUAGUUAUAGUUGAAUGCAUUGUUGCUCAUCUCUUACAGCUCAAUUCAAACCCAUUUGAACAAGAUGAGAGUUUUAGGUAAAUAUAGAUGUGGGUGUACUUUAUUUGCAAACUUGUGUCCGUUUAAUGAAGUGUAAUUGUCAAAUUAGGAAGGCCUUGAAGUAUCUAAUUAUUGUUCCAUUACUGUAGGUCCCAGAGUGCGUACCUGCUUAUGUACAGGAAAUGUAAGUGAACAAAUAUGAACUACUUUUUUUUAUCUAUGUGGUUCUACUUCUCCAUAAGGUCAAACAUCCUCUAUUUGAUAAAUCACAGUGAACCUGUGUUACUUACUUCUGUCACUCUGUCAUUUUCCCUCCGUUUCUAAGUGGAUGCUCCAGAUCGUCAGAUGAACCAUGGAACCGACCACAAAAGUUCACUCAGUAACUCACAACUCUCUACUCCUUCCUGUUCCUUUGACAUGGGAGCCAGCGGAACAAGAGAAGAAGAAGAGAGAAAAGUUCAAUCAAAUCAAUCUAUCAAUCCAGUUGACUUGGUAGGGGGAACAGAAGUUGUCCCAGAGGAAAGACAGAAUGAUGAUGGAAAGGUUGUUGAUAUGAUAAGACAGAUGAACAUAAAAGAUAGGAGUGGAGAGGAUUGCGUUGCAGCUACUGAUGAUAAAGAUAAUGAUUUUAAUGGAGAGAAAAAACAGAAAGGGGAGGAUGAUGUUGUUGGACAAAAAGAACGGGAAGGUGAAGUGGUCAAUGUUGAGAUGCAAAUGAAUGAUGAACGGAGCAGGGAAGAGGGUCAUGGUAUGACAAAAGUAUCAUGGUGUAAAACUGGAAGAAAAGGAGGAAGGUGGACAGAAUCAAAGAGAUAAGGCAAAGAAAAGGGAGGAUAUUGUUGUGGAUGUUGUGGAUGAAGCUGGACAGAAUCUAAGAGAUAAUGUCUUGGAAAAUGGAACAGAGGGUGAUGAUGUGAUGAGAGGAAAGGAUGUGGUUGUGAUGGACAGAGAUGGACAUAAUCAUGAGAUAAAGAGGAAUAGAGAUGGUGCAGCAAAGACAAAGCCAGAUAGAAUAAUAGAUGACACUGGGGAUGAUAGAAUGGCAAAAAGAAAUAGUGGUGAGCUAAAGACAAUAGAGGUUGAAGUGGCAAAGUUAGGAGAGGAUUGGGAUGUGAGAACGAUGAGUCAAAAUAAACACAGUAAAUCUCCCAGUUCCGUUAAUACGUUUCAGAACAGACUGACAGACACCCCAGAGAAGACACCAACAUGUUGUGGCUUGAAGAGAAAAAGAGACAGAGGGGAAAAGAGAAGUGAGCAUGACAAUAAGAAGAAAAGGGAAUUGGAGAAGAGCAGAGAAGAUGAAAAGAAGGGUAUGUUAGGAGGACAGAGUAGAAAAGAGACAAAGAAGAGUAUGUUAGGAGGACAGAGUAGAAAAGAGACAAAGAAGGAAGAGGCAAAUAGAAAGAAAGAAAUAGAAAAGAGAAGAGAGGAGGAAAAGAAAAGGGAAAAAGAAGAGAAAAAGAGAAGAGAGGAGGAAAAGAAAAGGGAAAAAGAAGAGAAAAGAGAGAAGAGAGGAAUUUAA